AUGGAGGAGAUGGGUGACAAGAGCCCCCUGGCUCAACAUCGUGGGCAGCAAGAACAGAUAUCGCCGCAGCAGCAGGAGCAGGAUCAUCGAGAGCACCGACAGAAGCGACCUUCCAAGAUGAUGGUGCCGCGGCGCAGCGUGCCCAACAUUCAACCGCUGGUCAUCGAGGAGAAGAGCCCGUCAACGUCGGACGAUAGGAAGCGCGUGCUGCGCAACCUGCUCGUUGUCAGCACGAGUUUCCUGCUGCUCUUCACGGCCUACCAGUCGAUGCAAAACCUGCAGAGCAGCCUGAACCCAGAGGCCGGCCUCGGAACCGCCUCGCUGGCCACCAUUUAUGUGGCGCUCGUGUUGUCGUGCAUGUUCGUGCCCACGUAUAUGAUCCGGCGGUUGGGCCUCAAGUAUACCAUGGUGACGUCGGUGGUCAUGUACUUGCUCUACUUUGUGGCCAACAUGGAGCCCAGCUGGUACACGCUGCUGCCCGCGUCGCUCGUGCUGGGCAUGGGCGGGGCGCCUCUCUGGACCUCCAAGUGCGCCUACCUCACGUACCUGGCGCAGGAGUACGCCGACCAGGUGGGCGCUCUCGACUCAGCGCCAUUCGUGGCCGGCUUCUUCGGCGUCUUCUUCAUGCUCUUCCAGACUACCCAAAUAUGGGGCAACCUGAUCGCCUUCAUCGUGCUGCGGCCGCCCAACAUGACCGAGGUGGCCGCCGACAUAGAGCAAUGCGGCGCCUCGUUCCACCCGACCGAGGACUUGGCCAUGCUAAACCAGACCAACCUGGGCGUCGUGAGUCGCAUGCAGACGUACACGCUAAGUGGUGUCUACACGUGCUGCGUGCUGUCCUCCAUCGUGAUACUCGUCGCCUUCCUGGACCCUGUGCGCAAGGAGGUGUCCGAUCCGAACCCGCCUACGCAGCUGCUUGUUGAGACGCUGUACCAUAUGCGCCGGGGCUACCAGCAGCUUAUCGUACCGCUCACAAUCUACAGCGGUAUGCAGCAGGCUUUCUUCUCGGGCGACUUCACUCAGGCGUACAUCAGCUGCUCCUGGGGCGUCCAGUUCGUCGGCUUCGUCAUGAUCUCGUAUGGGCUCACCGACGCCACCUGCUCUAUGGCGUUCGGCUUUCUCGUCAAGCGAGUCGGCCGCGUACCCAUCGUUAUGCUGGCGGCGUUGCUCAACGUCGCCGUUAUGAUCCUUCUGUUCACCUGGCACCCACGCCCUUCGGAGCUGCACAACUUCUUUAUCAUUGCCAUGCUGUGGGGCAUGGCCGACGCCUCCUGGCAGACGCAGAUCAACGCUUUCUACGGCGUCAUCUUCGCUGACGCUCGCGAGCCGGCGUUCGCCAACUACCGGCUGUGGGAGUCCAUGGGCUUCAUCAUCAUGUUCGCUGCACAAAGCCAUCUGCGCGUCUACGUCAAACUUGUGGCGCUCUUAGUGGCGCUCGUGAUCGGCAUGGUCGGCUACCUGACCAUCGAAUUCCAUAUGAGCAGGGAAAACAAGUCACCCAUGUAG